GUCUCCAUCUUCCGACACCUGGUAUAUGGCUCCACGGCCGUUUAUAUGCCCUCGAUCACAGCGAACGCUUUUCCCUAGUCAGUCUACAGUAUUUUAUUCGGCAGAAAUAAGGCGUGUGGAACCAGUGUGUCUUGUGAUCUCUCUACGACGCACGAGCCCAGCAUCAGGUCGCUCCGCGCCCGCGCCCCAUCGUACCCUAUAGGAAUUUCUCCGCUUGGUACUUCAAACAAGCCACCAAGAAGAUGAGCCUCUACGCUUGGGGAAAAAACAAUUACGGCCAGCUCGGUGUGAAGCAAGAGCCCGCACGAAGCAACCCCAGCCGGCACCAACCACGGCAAGGGCAGCAGGAAGAGGAGCAGCAGGUGCAGCCCGUCAACGCCAGGCGCCCGCCUAAGUUGGGCAGCGAGAGGGCGGGGCAAGGCCAAGAACCGGUGGGUGUGGAGGUGGACGGAGAGUCCUUCGUUGCGGCAGCCGCCGGCGAGCACCACACCCUUGUCGUGACCCAGUACGGCGACGUGUUGACCUUCGGUCGCGGCAAAGAGGGGCAGUUAGGGCAUGGCGAGGCCUCGAGAUUGGACAUGGCCGACUCCCCACGGAAGGUGGGAUCCCUCUCGAACGUGACCGUCACCAGGGUGGCGUGUGGGGCGUUCCACUCCCUGGCGGUCACCUCGUCGGGAACGUUGUACGAGUGGGGUCUGAUCCACAGCGACCCUGACUGGACGGCAGAGAAGGAGGCGACGGAUGCGGACCUGCUAGCCCUUGCAGGACCCUCCCAGGUUCACCUCAACCCAGCGCACCGCCUGUCGAGCGUGGUGGCCGACAGCGCGCGCAGGUGGCUGUCCGCGACCGAUGACACAGAGAACAGCGAACGCGAUGAUAGUAGCAGCGCCGAAGGCAACAACAGCAUGGACGAAGAGACCAGAAUCAUGCAAAAGAGGAUGUUGGAGAGACUUCCCACACGCAGCCGCCAGCCCGUGCCCCGGCUGGCGACGUCCCUGAGGGGUCUGCGCGUGACCUCCAUCAGCGCGGGUUAUGCCCACUCCGUGGCCGUCACGGAUCAGGGCAGGGCGUUCUCCAGCGGGCAGAACGAUAGAGGGCAGCUCGGACUUGCGCACCGAAUCCACAGUGGCAUCUUCCGGGAGGUGGUCGGUAUGGCGGGUCGUUUCUUCCUCGAGGUAGCGUGCGGCGAACAGCACAACCUCGCUCGCGUCCUCCCGUCGUCCGACAACAACAAGAAGCCCCCCUCGAGGUCUUCCAGUAGCAGCAGCAGCAGCAGUCUUGAUCAACAGGCUGAGCUAUUCGUUUGGGGUGGAGGGCGUCUUGGUCAGCUCGGCUUGGGAGCUGCUUCCACCAAGCUCGCGCCGACCCACAACCCUCUGCUGAGCGACGUCGGGGGCGGCGUGGUGAGCGUCAGCGCGGGCGCCAACCACUCGGUGUGUGCGAUGGCCAGCGGGCUGGUGAUGAGCUGGGGGGCCUCCGAGUACUGCCAGCAAGGGUGUGCAGUCGUGGCCGGCGCCGACCUGAUGAGGCACACAAGCGGCAGCGGCGGCGAUUACUUUAGGGUGCCGAGGACCGUGAACGGCCUUGUGGGGACCCACAUCGUUUCCGUGCACUGCGGAAGCAACUUCACGCUCGCUGUCGACCGCGACGGACUGACGCACAGUUUUGGAUGGAACGAGGGCGACGCCCUGGGCCGUGGCUGGGAGGGCGGCUACGACCCUGCUCCUGGCCGUAUACCCUCCAUCCCCAGAGUCGUGAGCGUCGCCGCGGGAUCGAGGCACGGCGUGGCCGUUGCGGCUGAAGGUCCUGCCGUGGGGCGCCACCUCCGGCCCCUCAUCGGCGCCGUCGAUUCCGCCGACGUGGAGCUCCUGACUCCGGAUGCGGCGAGUCGGGGAGAGCCGGGCGUUCCCGCACACAUGUCCGUGAUCUCGGCGCGGUGCCCAUACCUCCUGGGGCACAUCGAAGCGGCCCGAAAGACGUCAUCCGCUUGUGCUGCUGCUGCUACGAACGAGAACGGCGCCGACAACGACGGUGGCGCCUCGAAGAGGGUAGUCCUAUGCCUCGAGCACGCUAGCGCCGAGAGCGUCCCUCUGCUGGCGCGUUACCUGUACGCCGACGAGCUUCCCUCGGACGCCACGUCGGGCAAGACUCUGGAGGCCCUGGCCAGGCUCGCGAACGAGUUGCUCCUCCCCAGGUUGGAGGGGUUGUCCGUGCAGAAGCUCCCGUACUCCCUACGCCGCAGGUACGUUUUGCGCACCCCCAACACCACGCUCUCGGUGUCCGGGGCCAUUGACGUUCCGCAGUCGACGUUCGUCAACGACCUCGGCCGGCUGGCUGGCUGGUCCAACCGCUCGGACAUCUUGCUGGUGCUGCCAGCCUGGGGGUGGGAGUUCCCCUGCCACAGGGCGGUGUUGUGCGCCUCGCCCUGGUGGCAUGCCCUGCUGGAGGGAGGCUUCCGCGAGGGGGGCGGGGACAAGGUCGACCUGUCCGGCCUGCUGCUUGAGGGAGUGACGCGAACGGACGCGCUUGAAGUGGCCAUCAGGCACGUAUACUCGAACUCUCGCUUCUCCGUGGUCGACCUGGUUCCCGAAGUUGUCAUGGAGGUGGUCAUCAUCGCCGAGUUCAUGGUCCUCUCGAGCCUGACCAGUGCCUGCGAAUGCGAGCUCGGGCGCUACGUCGACGAGGACAACGCGCCGCAGCUGGCUCGGUUCGCCAACAGGUACCGCCUGCUCAAGCUUGAGACCCGCUGCCAGGAGUUGCUGCUCUCUUCUUCUUCUUCUUCCUCGUCGACGACGACGACGAUGACCACGCAGUGAAGGAAGGAGACGACCUACAAGAUUCUCGUGGUCGGAAGGAAUUUGGCCGGAGCACGGAUGAAGAACGAGCCAGGCGUUCUAGCACGACGAUUUUGUUGCUGAUCCGGACACUGAGGCAGGGGCUAGUGAAUGGCAAUUCGAUUUGGUGCGAUCUGAUCACCCCUCCUCGUCCCCCUUUUGUGUGAAGGGAUGUUGGGCGUAGGAGACAAAAUGGAUUCGCCAGCAGGCACCACCUCUCCUGCGCUAAUAUGGAAAUAACUUUGUUUUUGUCGAUAAUUUACUUUCUGACCGGUGUCGUGCGCCAAGAUCUGUGCAAAAAUGCACUGCACAUAGCUUUUGCGAAGAGAAUUUAGUUCCGGUGAUGUCGAGCAAGAUGAACCUGGCGCGUCGUUGUGGAUGGGUAUGGGUUCGUUUGUCCUUUCCUCUCCUGAGGUUCGCGACACCAACCUAACCGAGACAAUGACGGAGGUAACUGAAGGUAUUGUCGAUCUCUCCGCGCGUUGAUAAUGGUAGCAGCAAAGGAGCAGCAGCAGCGAGAAUAUCGACAAAUUAGCCAUUGAUUGGUCGGGUGUGGGGGGGGCGGACUAGCAGCUGCAUGGGUGUACUUGAACGAGCGCUUGAUUGGUCUUGCCAACGGAUGUAUGCCACACGCUCUACAGGUAGGGCUUAGCAGGUGUGGGUUAGUUGGUGGAUAAGGGAAGGCGGUAGGGGGCUACAGUCUUUUGUGCACCUACUAAAUCUUUUUCCAGGGUUGUCUCUAGGUUAUGUUGACGUUAGGCAUAGGCAUUUUGGUGGCGUCAAAUGUUUAGACUUGAUGAUCUGGCGGUUCUCCACGGGGCAGUUCUUUCUGUUGCGAACGAACAAUUCCCUUGUCGAUGGGCGGCGGGGGAAGGGCGCUGCGUGAGCUUGUAUUUGUUAUGGCUGGAAGAUGUCGUGCGGGUCUGAUGGGCGUUUGUCUAAUUUCGUGUGUUAGUCUAGUCGUAUUUGUUAAGUGUGGCCUGUCCAUGUGAGGGCGGAGCACUGUAUUGUGGCUCGAAAAAUUGAGGUGCGGAUUUUGUGGAAUGCGCAUACGAAAUCUUGAUGAGCUUCGCACAGACCAUUAGUUGUGAAGGGUGGCUCCCAAUCUCUGUGUGUGCGAAUGAAAAUUGUUUAACGUGAAAGUAACGCCCGGUUCCGCCUUCUUGGAAGCGGUUUUAUGAUGUUAUUGGCAGGACGUAAGAAAGUUAUUGAAGGCCCAUUCUUGAGACCUAAACAACGAUUUUUGCUCUCGCUUUUAGUUCGACGUUGAGACCUUUGGUUCUACUUGUAUGGGUGUUGGGGGCUAAGAUCGCGGCUCACCCCAGGUUACGUCUAGAGGGUGUUUCCGGAGGCAAACAAGCUCUGCCAAUGAAUGAAGCUAGCGUUGCGAUGUCCGAAUGGCCGACAAGCUUGUUACAAGUACCUGGUAUGCAUACCUGCGUGAUCGUGUCAGGCAUGACGGUUGAAUCGUGCAGAAUUGCAAUGUCUGAUUCAGCCACGAAACGGGUGUACAGACCUGCGGGUGCGAGCCACGUCGGCGACAGCAUGAUCAUGUGACCCCACCGUGCAUGAAGUCAUCGAGUAUACACAUUGUAACGGUCAGAGCGGUAGGCGCCUCUCGUAUCACAU